AUGGAUGCAUCAAGGAGUGUCGAGUCUCUGGCGGAUGGUCCGACUCCAGGAGCUUCCGACUGGCAACAGCCGAACUCACCUUAUCCUCCUUUUUUGGUAAGGUAA